AUGUCUCAACGUAUCGCUCACCACGCCACGCAGCUCAACAUGUCCAAAUCGCCCAUUACUUGCCACAUCCUCGACUCGUCUGUCGGGAAGCCUGCGGAGGGCGUCAAGGUUGAACUUUGCCAGAUCAACGGCGCGCAGGUGCAAGUACUUGCUACUGGCAACACCGACGUUGAUGGCCGCGUGACUACUCUCCUCAAGCCCACGACACAGCUUCAGGCAGGCGUUUACAAGAUGCGCUUCGAGGUCGGUGAAUAUUUCCAGUCGCAAGGAGUGCAAACCUUCUACCCCUACGUAGAGAUUACCUUCAACCUGGCAAACCCUGGUCAGCACUACCACAUCCCCCUUCUCCUUUCACCCUUCUCGUACACCACAUACCGCGGGAGCUAG